UGAGUGAAUAUAGAUGCAUUUGAUGCCAUAGAGAAUUGCUUGUUGUGGUGCUUGCAGUGGAGCAUUGGCAUCAAUAUCUUGAAAGGAAGUUUAUCAUAAGAACAGACCAACAAAGCCUGUGGUGUCUGUUAGGGCAGAAAUUGAAGACAUCUUUUGAAUUGGAUUGGGUUGCUAAGUUGAUGGAUUAUGAAUACGAGAUCCAAUACAAGACGGAGAAUGAUAAUACUGCAGCAGACACUCUCUCUCUUCUUAAGGGGUCUCAGUUAUCGCAAAUCGCCCAGACACAACGUCUCCUGUGUUAUUACAAAAGAUUGAAGAAAGCUGGGAAGUGAAUGCAGAUUUGAAGGGCCUAAUUUCUGAGUUGCAGAAACAAAAUGGCAGCAUUAAGGCCUACACUUGGAAUAAUAAGUUUUUGAAGAGAUAGGUUGGUAAUGUUCCAGAUUUGAGGCAACCAAUUUUGGAAUGGUUAUUUGCUCAGGGUGGACAUUUGGGAAUUCAACCCAUUUUGGUGGAAGAAAUUAAUCAAGAAUGUGCUGGACUUUGUUAUGUUCAGUAUACAUAAUUAAAGAGAGGGUCUUAAUCUGAAUGUGAUGAUUACUCAGCACAGGUGGGCGUGGCCUUUUUUGGAGCCUGUAGAUGUUAAAGGUCUUGAAUUGCAUGACUAUUAUGAGGUUAUUGAAAAGCCCAUGGAUUUCAGCACUAUUAAAAGUAAAAUGGAAGCCAAGGAUGGUACUGGUUAUAAGAAUGUUCGAGAGAUCUAUGCCGAUGUAAGGUUGGUUUUUAAGAAUGCAAUGAAGUACAACGAUGAGAAAAAUGAAUUUCAUGUUAUGGCUAAAUCCUUGCUGGAAAAAUUUGAGGAGAAAUGGCUGCAACUCUUGCCGAAAGUUGCUGAAGAGGAGAAAAGACUACAAGAGGAAGAAGCAGAAGCACAUUCAGAUAUGCAGCUUGCACGGGAAGCCACUUAUGCCAAUAUGGCUAGGGAUUUAAGCUUUGAGCUUUUUGAGGUUGAUAAGAAUUUGAAGACUCUCAAGCAAACAGUGAUUCAGAAGUGCAGGACUCUCCGAUCAAAGAGCAGAAAAGUGGCUACUAUUUGCAUUAGAACUCAAACGAGUCUUGGGUUUGGGCCCAUCAUUACCCUCCCCCAAAGAAGUUUUAUCUUGUCCUCCAGGUGGAUUUUGGAAGAUUGCAUUUGGACGGCUUUAAUUUUCUUCCAUGUACUUGUCACUGCUUCAGUUUUUUGGAAACUGACUUCUGAAGAGAAAAGAAUACUGGGGACGGCCCUUGCAAAAUUGUCUCCUGAAGACAUUGGCAGAGCAUUGGAGAUCGUUGCUGAGAAUAAUCCCAAUUUCCAAGCAACUGCCCGAGAGGUGGACCUUGACAUUGAUGCUCAGAGUGACUAUACACUAUGGAGGCUAAAAGUUUUUGUCAAAGAUGCACUGGAAGUUCAUGAAAAAACCACUGCGGACACAGCUUUUAACAAUAAUGAUAUCACUGAAGACAAGAAAAACAGCUUCAAGAGGAAGAGAGACCCUUGUGAUGCACAAGCGAAGACAAACGUGAAAAGGACUAAAAAGCUAUCGAUUUUAUGAUUCCACCACCGUCACAACAUUGUGACAGCCUAUAGGUUUGCUUGAGAAUUUUAGGCUUAAGUAUACAUUUGGUCCAUUAACUUUAUAUAAGGUUUUAAUUUGGUUCCUUAAUUCUAAAAAGAAUACUUUUGGUCCUUUAAUCCUAAAAUCUUUUUAAAAAAUGAUGACAUUAAGAUCUGAUAAAA